AUGGAUGGCUCUGACGAACAAGCAGCUCCGAAGGCCGGGAUCGCUGGAAGCAACCAGCGGCGUCUGUUGCUGGAAGUGCUGCGGGCAAACCUCCGUGUAAGGAGUAGCUCAGCGGUUGGGAAGGCGUUUAGCCAGACAGCGCCCCUGAAUCAGCAUACAGCACACCAGGCCGCUGCUUUUAUGCCACGCCUUGACGGACUUGCACCGACUAUGGCUGCUGCUGAACACAUUACUGCCAUGCGCGCCGCAGUACAUCACCAGCACGGUGUUACAAGGAUCGAGCAGGAGAGAGCCCUUGACGCUGUCUCCAUCGCUCGAGAGAGUGCUUCACGGCAGGCGCGUGCUGCUACUCGUAGCCACCCUGCUCCCGAGAGCGUUUGUUCAACAAAUCUUGCGAAAACUGACUGCGGAGAGAGGUGCAAAGCAGCCCGUGACAGCGCAUCUUCGUCCUCCUACAACAAGCCAGCCCCGGAGGUUGGCUUCCAGCGUGGCCUUAGCACUGCUCUUUUCGCGAAGCUGGCGGAGACGCUCUCCGUGGAGAAGGGACCGCUCAACUUCUUGACUUGGGAAGACGGCAGCUGGUACUGCGGCCAGCUCACUGGAGGCGCUCUGGACGGAGUUGGAGUCUACCGAUACACCGAUGGCUCAGUCUACUGCGGCCAGUGGGCGCAGGAUCGGCUGCACGGCUAUGGGGUCUUCAUCGCUCCCAACGGAUUUUUGUACAGAGGGCACUUCGAGGGGGACAGGCAGAACGGACCAGGUUCGCCUCUUGCCUUUUCGCAUCGGUUAGAUUUGCUGGCUCGCCCGUUUCUCUCCUCAGGAGGCUGCCAGUCCGUCGAGCAAGUAGUUGGGAGCCAAACGCUUCUCGCUCUGUGCCUCUGCGCUGUUGCCUGUGCAGGUGUUUUCGUGUUCCCCCAAGGAACCACCUUCUUCGGUCACUUCCGCAAUGGGCGUCUGCACGGCUUGUCGUGCUACGUGUCGCCCUCCGGAAAGUCUCGAGUGCUGCUUGGCGAGUGGCGAGAUGGCGAGUUUCAGAGAACGCUUCCUCUGCAAUGCCGAGAUGCUGAAUUCUAUCGCCGAGCAGCGGAGACAGUCGACCUCCUCCAGGCCGCGUGGACUCCCCUGCCCAUCCCCAUGCCCGACGCGCGCACUCUUGAGUUGCCGAUUAGGGAGGAGCGAACUGCAGCCUGGAGUGGAAGAGCGGAGCAGGCCUGCGGCUCCGCCGUGCUCGAGGCGCUGCGAACAGAGCUCCCAAGCAGCCUGCUGCAAAUCGCGGCAGAAGCUGCAGCCGAAGACGCCGUGCAGGCUCCACUUCGCCAAGCGGAAAGGCGCUCCAGCGGCAGCCCAGCAGCAGGCGCAUCCAAGCCCCCUGUGCGGAAGCGCAAAGCCAGCGUCUCGAGGCUCCAGUGCACACAAGCCGGAGAACCAACUGCCCGCUGCAGGGCUAAUAAGGCUGCAAACGCGGAGGCCAGCGGCUCCAGCGGAGGAGCCUCGGCCCCCCCCCAACGCGCCACAACCACCAAGGCUCAACUGCUGCGUUGGGAAAGCGAGGCUCGAAAGCUGCCGCGAAUUCCCCACUUGAACUACAACCGCGUCCUCGGCCGCUGGUAUGCACGCGUUCGUGAUCCAGCAAGCGGUCGCCGCAUUUGGAAGGGUUACACUUGCGCAGUUCACGGCUUCUUUCAGGCCAGAGAUAUGGCGAUCGACCGCCUGCGACAGUUCAGCCAGCUCGUUUCGUCUCAGGCGAAUGAGGAGCUGGACGCCAGCGAGCCUGCGGAAGACUUGCACCUCUCAGCGGCCUGCGCCACAGAGGUCGAACAGCUCGUGAUCCAGCUGCGUGGUGGGGAAGACGAACGCAGUGCGGAGCCUCCCAAAGCGGAAGUAGCUCCAAACGAGUGCAGCAGCAGCAUUGCUGGCACCCUCUCAUCAGAAGAAACGCACGUGUCAGAAGGAGCUCCUCCUGCGCGGCUGAUCGUGGAGGGGGAUGCCUCUGCAUGCGCUCCGGACGCUCCGGCUGCCGUCGAUCCAAGGGCCUCCGCAGAAGGCUCUGCAGGGCCUAAGGUGCUCUCGGAGAAAGCAGAAUCAGCCUGUGGAGCCGCGAAUACGCUGCUUGCUGCCGGGUUGUCAGUGGGCGAAAAAACUGCGGUGCAGACUCAGCGGAAGACCACAUCCUCUGGCAAUGCCGAGGUCGCACCCACAGCGACCCCGCACAGCGUCAUUCCCUUGUCUUGGGAAAAUAGCUUGAAAGAACACUUGUGCGCCGCUGGCAGCACUGCUGAGCUGUCCUUUUCGUCAGACUGCCUAGGAGCCACCUACUUCAAGCCGAAUACGGCGAGGGCGCAGGAUGAGGAGAGCCUUUCAUGCAGUCGUUUGACAACGGCGGACUGUAGUGACACAGCACUGAGUCGCUGCAUCCCUUCUUAG